CCAUCAAAGGUCAUUCCACGGCGAACACCGUCUACCUCUCCUCCGGCAUCUGCAAGCGUCAAUCCCUCCCGGCUCUCAAGUAAGAUGCUUGCUCGCAUCUCACAAUUCGAGGAUCUUGAUCGUCAAGCCCUCGACUGGAAGGCGGUGCGUCUACGCGUGAAGCGUCGGGAGGAGGAACAUCGACGUGUUGUUGUCGCAGCUCGUCGCAGCCUCCAUCUUGACGUCCAUGUUGGCGGAGGUGAGUUCUUUUGCUGGUUCACCAUUCGAUCCAUCAUUUCGUUGUCAGUGUGA